AUUGGUCAUUUGUUUUCCUUUCCUCCUCUUUUCAGUUUUGCUCCACCUAUUUCUCUGUCAGUGGAAAAAAUUUACAGAAAAGAAACCGAUUAUUUGGUGUAAUCGAGGCUUCACAAGUGACAUCUUUGCUUUGAAUUCGCAUUUCAUUCCACCCAUAACCCAAUUGGUUGACAUGCUGGACCUCAAGGUCCUCAACCAUGGGGCUAUGGUCCUAGUCUAGUUGAUGGCACCAAAAAGAAGGCAGUUGCCAAGGAGGGUAGAUUUCUGGAUAUUAUCUUGGUGCACUAGUGCAAACUCCAGCAGUCCAGCUCAAGUGGUAAAUUCUAUUGUUUUAGCUUGUGCAGCCAUGAGUUUUGUAUUCAGAGGGACUAGAGCAGAUAUAGAAAGUGGAUUUCCAGGAAUUAUUCCUGAACGACGUCCAGUGCGUGUUCCUGCAGCCCGGCCAGUUAAUACCAAUUCAAUGGCUUUCCUUGUCACAGUUCUUUUACUGUUCAUGAUACUAAAUUCACACCAAAUGUCACCAAAUUUUCUGCUCUGGCUAUUUUUGGGAGUGUUUUUAAUGGCCACCAGCCUCAGGAUGUAUGCUACUUGUCAACAAUUUCAAGCUCAGGCGCAAGCUCAUGCUGCAGUAGCCAGUGGUCUUCUAGGUCACACUGAAUUGCGGUUGCAUAUGCCACCUUCCAUAGCGUUUGCAACAAGAGGGAGAUUACAAGGACUCAGGCUCCAGCUUGCCCUUCUUGACCGUGAAUUUGAUGACCUAGAUUAUGAAACUUUGAGAGCACUAGAUGCUGAUAAUGCUUCUACAGUUCCUUCAAUGAGUGAGGAAGAGAUCAAUGCCCUUCCUGUUCACAAGUACAAGGUCACUGUCCCACAUAGUGAUGGUUCAUCAGUAAAACAAGCAUCAUCUUCUUCAUCUGCAGCUGAGAAAAAACAAGAUGUCAGCAAGGUAGAUGGAAGCAUCAAGGCUCCAGAAGAUGAGCUUACAUGCAGUGUUUGCUUAGAGCAGGUUAAUGUUGGGGAACUUAUCAGGAGCUUGCCAUGCUUGCAUCAGUUCCAUGCUAACUGCAUAGACCCAUGGCUGCGGCAACAAGGUACAUGCCCUGUUUGUAAGUUUAGGGCAGCAUCAGGAUGGCAGGAAAAUGGAGAGAGUGGAGUAGAUAAUUCCUACAUGGUUUGAAGCUGUCACACACCCAUGUACCAUUGUAUGUAUUUCAUCGAUAUAAUUAUAUAUGUAUCAACUUAGGUUAUGCAUGACAUAUAAUAUAUAUGAAUUCUUUUUCCCUUGAAUGCCAAUGUGAUUGAUGUACCCGACAAGGUGUAGGUUUGUAGCUUUGAAGUUUAACACUUCCAAUAAGAUAUUCCAUGUACUCUCUCUCUC